AUGUCAGAGUACAACCGCUACACUACAGGGGAGCAAGUUGCCUCCGAUUGCCGCUCCUCAAUCGAAAACAAAACCGUCUUAAUCACCGGCGUCACAUCCGGCGGGCUGGGCGCUGGAUUCGCAACCGUCAUCGCCCCAUACAGACCGUCACUAAUCAUACUAGCUACAAGAAACAUAUCCAAAGCCGAAGAAACAGCUCAAGAGAUAAAGUCUGCAGCUCCGUUCGUCACGACUCGAAUUCUGGAGCUGGACCUCAACUCCCAAACCCAGAUCCGGAAAGCAGCGAAGGAAGUGCUCUCGUACAAGGAGCACAUCGACGUCCUCGUUAACAAUGCCGGUGUUAUGGCUCCGCCGUUUCGGCUCACGGAAGAUGGCCUGGAGAGCCAAUUCGGCGUUAACCACAUCGGACAUUUCUUGUUCACGAAUCUGAUCAUGGGCAAGCUGGUCGCGCCUGGAAAAAGCGCGCGGGUUGUGAAUGUGUCAAGCGAUGGGCAUCGAAUGGGACCCAUCCGGUUUGAAGACUGGAACUUUGAUGAUGGAAACACAUACGAUCCCUGGCUGGGAUAUGCGCAGGCUAAGACGGCUAAUAUGCUCUUUUCUAUCUCUUUGGCUCUGAAGUUGGGAAAGGUUGGCCUCAUCUCGGUUAGCCUGCAUCCCGGGGUGAUCGACACAAAUCUAUUGAGAUACGAUGUGGACGCGUCUCUUCAAGCAAUAAUAAAAUGGGACAAGCUGCAAGGAAAUCGUUCUUACUGGAAUGGGUUCAAAUGGAAGUCCAUGUCUCAGGGUGUGGCAACCCAUGUCUUUGCCGCGUUCCAUGAUAUGGUUUCACCUACUGAGAACAACGGCAGCUUCCUGUCAGACUCGGCUGUUGUUCCUCCAGAAGAAAUCCGGUGCUGGGCCAGAGACGAGAUAGAGGCCGAGAAACUGUGGCGAUUGAGUGAGAAAAUUGUGGGAGAAAGGUUCCACUACUGA